CCGCCGCUAUUUGCAAACUUCCUCUUACACGUGUUCAUAUCCGCAGGUGCAGUCGUCAAAUCAAGUCUUCUGAACUUCUUUACAAGGAAGUAGAUGUCACACGCUCAACUGUCUAGAAGGCUGUCGUCGUACUUGCCAGUAAACCGGUUUUCGAUCCUAUAAGAGAUCGCCUGGGUGUCAGCACGCAUUUCGCGCAAUGCGAUUUUACUGACUUAAGCAUCUUGGAAGCGUUCUAUGAGAGUUUAGAAGGGAGCCUGAAGAGUCAGCUAACAGAGAGUGGCUUAUACAUGGGCACCAGCUUGCGGGAGCUUGUACAUACGUUCCGCAAAAGGACGCUUGUACUGCUCAAGACACUCAUAAUUCAGAAGAAGAUUAUGUUCUAUGGUCAUCCCGUCGAGGAGUUGUGUACGUACCAAUAUUUCCUCGUUACUCUCAUUCCAGGUCUUCUGCACAACCUAGACGACAGUGGAUCACCUCCACUGGAUUCACGAGCGCAGGCUCUACAACGUCCCACGGAGCUGAAGACUAGUGAUCACAACAGUAUGCGGGCGUUCGUCGGCUUGCCUCUCGAGUUGUUCGGCAAGGACGCGUUCUUCCAACCAUAUCCACCGUUACAACAAAUGGACUUGUUGAAGGACACGAAGAGUUGGCUUUGCGGAACUACAAACUCUAUCGUAGCCCAGCAGAAGGAGGUCGAUCUCCUCAUCAACAUUGAGACCAACACCUUUGAAUUCCGGGAUCCGAGACUCGAGCGAUCGGCAGGCUUGACGGCUGCCGAUCGUAAGGGGAUGGAUGGAUGAUAUCGCCAAGGCCGUCAACGACG